AUGGCAGAGAGAGAGGAAGAAUAUCAUAUCAAUCACCCAUAUGUUGUGGAUGACUUUGAUUGGAAAGCUCUCAUCUGGAAGAAGGAAGUAUCACCAAAAGGCAAAAUGUUUCUGUGGAAACUAGCUCAAAACGCCUUACCAGUGGGAGAGAACCUCAUCCACCGUCAGGUGGUCACAAAUGCUUCCUGUCCUCAUUGCGGGAGCCCUGAGUCUGAACUCCACCUCCUAUUCCAGUGCCCCUUUGCGGAACAAAUAUGGACACAAGCCCCGCUCUACCCCCGGAUUCAGCCACCAACCCUCAACUCCAUUCAGGAGGGUAUAUCCAUUUCUGUUAAAGCGACCUGCCUCCCCCCGACCGGAAUUAGGGCUGGUCCACUAUCCCCAUGGAUCAUGUGGGCAACCUGGACAGCAAGGAAUCGUUUAAUUUUCAAUAAAGAAAAGCUGAAACCAGGAGACGUCCUAUCUAUUGCGAUUACCCGAGCUAAGGAAUGGCAGGAGGUGCAAUUUGAGAAAUCAAAACCACUUACCAAGACACGGAAGUUGGUCCCGCCUGCCCCAAGAAACUCAAACCACUGGAUCUGCACAGAUGCAGCGUGGAGAGAAGAUGGAUCAGCAGGUUUAGGAUGGGAGAUAAAGAACCCUCAGGAAGAACCAAUCUGUGAAGGGUCUUCUUCAGCAUCGCACGUCGCCACACCGUUGGUAGCCGAAGCUUUAGCAACUCUGAUGGCAAUCAAAGUUGUGAUUGCAUCGGACCUCACAUCGGUAUCCUUCGCUUCAGACUCGCUAACCCUUGUCAAAGCUAUCAACAAAGAGAUCCAAGUCAAGGAACUCUACGAGAUUCUACACGACAUCCUGAAUUUAUCCACUGCCUUUGCUUCUGCUGUUUUCUGUUUCAUCUCUAGGGAUUUUAAUCGUCGAGCCGAUGCUCUGGCAAAAGAAAGCCUGUUGGCCGGUCUAAACUCUGUUACUUAA